AUGGCGGCGAAGAAGAUGAAAGCUAGUUCAAUAAACCCUACAAUUUUUCCGGACGAUAUCACAAUUGAACUAUUCUCAAGGCUUCCUGUUAAGUCUUUAAUGCGAUUUAAGUGUCUUUCAACCUUUUUUAAUUCUCUCCCAUCGGAAUCAUAUUUUAUGGAUAUUCAUCAACUAUCCCGUAGGAGAAGUCGCCUUGAUGAAAUCAAAUUUUUUGUGCCAGAAUGUGAUGGUUUUCAUAGCAUAGAGAUGACAAAAGAGGGAAGAAAAGUAUCUAGAUGUGAUUUUGAUUUUCCAUACAACAACUUAUCGUACAAGAAUGGUUUAUUCUGUUUUUCGGUUGAAAAAUUCGAAUCUGUUAGAAUUUUCAAUCCCGGUACGAGAGAAGUAAUAGUUCUUCCCCGAGUGAAACAAUUAUAUAAUCUUCGUAACUUGAGUGAAUGUUAUCUUUCAUUAUACUAUGGAUGUUCAUAUACACUAGGUUACGAACCAGAAGAAAACAAGUAUAAGGUUUUGAUGACACUUUGUGUUUCAAGAGAGUGCACAAGAAAUUGGGUUUUUACUUUAGGAGCAGAUAAAUCUUGGAGAGAGAUUAAUCGUGUGAUUUAUACCCCACAUAAAAAGAAACACACACUUUGUGUUUGUGGAGUUAUCUAUACAUUGAAUAGCUGGAAUACAUCUCUAGUUGCAUUCGAUCUUAAAGCUGAAAAUUUCAAAUUUAUCCCGUUGUGGAGGUGCUCACAACUCUGGAACGGUAAUUACGAGCUGAUAGAAGUGAAUGGUAAAUUAGCAGUAUGGAACGGUACCUCUAAGUUGGUGCAUUUGCGGGUUUUAGGAGACCCUCAAAAAGAGGAAUGGCAGAGUCAUAUCAUUCACUGUCCUUCAAACAUGAGGAAUUUUGGUACUUAUCGAAUCUGCAGUUGUUGUGACGGUGAGAUUUUAAUUUUCUUGAUCAGGUUAAACGAAUCGGUUAAAUCUCGAUCCUGUUAUUGUUAUGAUGUUAGGAAAAAUACCUGGAAAUAUUUGAAAACUUCAUUGUUUGGGGUGAAGAAUUGUGUUGACAAAGGCAUUUAUACUUAUGUGGAAAGACUCUUUCCACUAAAAAAAUUUUGCAAUGUUGGUUAG